AUGGCAGCAGCGCUGCGGAGAGUCGAGGCUCCGCCGUCUGCCGCUCUGAUGGCACUAAGGUUGGACUCGAGCCAUCGAGGAUCACAUCGACGACCUCUGAUUGCAGGGAUCAAGUUUACGCAGAGCGGAGAGAGGUGUAUCAUGUACGACAGCACAGGAAAAGUGUUUCGUCUCAAUGUUGAGAAGAACGAGUGGACAUACCUCCUGCAUGCCGGCCCGAAGAUUAAGAGCGUGAGUUUGUCCCAUGAGAAGAUCCCCAAGGUUGCGAUAUGUACAGGCGAGCAGGUUCAGGUCUUCUGCAGUGAGACGGGGGAGUGUCUGUCGAUGUUCAAGAUAGCGCACGGAGGAGAGGGGAGAGAGGUCCUGUUCCUCUCCAACCACAUGGAGAUUCUGGUCUUCAGCCAGUCCUCCCUCCACCUCUUGUCAAUCAGGACCAGGGCCGCGACCCAGCGGACGUUCAAGGUGGGAGGACAGAGGCUGAGCAGUAUCCUUGCUAUCCAUCUCUUCCGCCACCUUCUCCUCGUCUGCACGGCUGAGGGACUGUACGCUUACUCCCCGACCAACCUCGAGCUGCCCCUCGCCGCCUGCCAGGGAGAGUUUGCGCUGAGCAGCAGCUGUGUCUCGUCAGGAUUCUUCGCAGGGUCCCCGAGAGGCUCGAGAGCCAUCCAGGUCUGGAGGGUCAACGGGAGCGGGGAGGAGGGAGCAGCCAUGGAGAGGCAGCCCAACGUCUACCUCCCAAGUCCUGUCGACAGCCUGCAGGGCAUCCAGGGUUCAGCGAGGUGUCCUAGGAGCCAUCCCUUGCAUGACUCGAUCGUCGUGUGGUCCGCUGACAGAGCGCUCCAGUUCGUCUCCCUCCCCACAGGAACGAUGAUCCUGGUGGUCGACCUGGCCUGCUCUUCCUUGACGUGCCUCGUUGCUCAUUGGAGGACCUUCGCCGCCUUGGACAAGGAGGGAGCGGUCAGCUUCUUCGACCUCCCUGGGCUGAGGAGGAUGUACUGCGCGGGAGCUGGGAUGGGAUCGAGGGAUGACAGUGAGAGGAGGAGCCGGGAGGCUGCGCUGACAGGUCAGCACGGCCAUGCCGCAGCGAAGCGACGGAGACAUGGGGGAGGAGAAGAUGAGGAGGAGCGAGGGGAGUGCAGUUGGUGUGCUAUCAGUAACGACGGGGGCCAGCUGGAGGGGGGCGAGUGGAAGGCGAAGAGGAAGGAGCUACAAGGGGUAUUGGCGAGGUGUAAAGAGUUCCCGUCGGAGAGGAGAAGGAAGGUUUGGAGCUUCCUGCUACAGCUUCCUGGGUCGAGGAGGCAGCAGCAGCUCCUACUCAAGCAGGACGCUGUCCGGAUGGCCCAAAUCACUUGGAAGGAGCAGGACAGCGAAGACCGAGACCUCUCUUCCCCCCUGUCCCAGCGAGCAUGGAAGGUCUACAACGGCGUCUCGUGCUGGUGCAAGCUGUUCGCGUUCGUCCCCGAGGUCAUCCUGCUGGUACGUUCCUUCUGCAGAAUCUUCAAGGACGAUGGUUUCGCUCUCGAGCUUGUGAUCUUCUUCCUCCUCAACCGAGGAGGCGACUGGUUUCGCCAGUGGCCCCUCCUCCCCUCCUACGACCUCCAGUGCGUGCUGAGGCUCCUGGAGCGCUCGGACCCCUUCCUAUGGACGAGGCUCAAGACGUAUGGGGAGCAGGUGGCGACUCUGACUUGGAGGAUGCUCUGCACCGCCUGCUGCGAUCACAUGACGAGCUCGCAGUGGGGGCUGGUGUUAGACCAUGUCCUCUCCCGCAGACAUUUCUUCCUCCACUGUCUGGUGGUGGCCGUGUACCAGGGCUUCCGCUCCCUCCUGUCAGCGACCGUUGACUUCCAUCUAGUGGAGGGCAUGCGGAGGUUCAAGGUCGGCAGCGUCGAGCAGCUGCUGGAGGACGCGAUGAAGGUGGAGAGGCUGUGUGAGGGACUGGACGACGUCCUCUUGGAUGAGCUGAAGGCGAGGGAGGAGGAGAGGGAGGAGGAGAUACUCGGGUCUCACCUGUACCCUCCCUUCACCAACUUCUCUCAGUCUGCUGUCGACUACCGCGAGCAGCAUGUAGGGUACCUGCAAGAUGGGAAGGAAAUCAUGCGGAGGCUGCAGGAGAGGGAGGAGGAGGAGGAGAGGAGGCAGCGCAAGAUGGUCCAGCAGAUGUGCCGUGCGAUGGAGACGAGCAGAGACGAGCAUGAGAGGAGGAUAAGACAGUACGAGGCGGCGAUCGACGACCUGUCGUCAGACAUCAAGAGGACCCAACGGCAGAGCUCGGAGCUGAUGUGGAAGCGCCUGCACAACGCCAAGAGAUCGGCUGAACUUUUGGAUCGUCAGCGCCUGCAGCAGGAGAAAGCAAAGGAGCGGAUGGAUCAGAUCGCGCGAGGGUGGGAGGACAUUGCUGCCCUCGAUCAGGAGGGGAUGAAAAGGAGGGAGGGGCAGAGAGAUCUGGAGCGAAAGACUGUGGAGGUCAACAUGAAGCAGCAGGAGAGGCUAGAGGAGGAGCUGGCGAGGAGCGCGAGGAUAGAGAUUCAUGUUGAGAGAGAAGCGAGGAGGCAAGUGAGAGAGCUGAAGAAGAUCAACUUUGAUAGCAGAAGUCACGUUGAGCAUCUUCAAGAUCGGAACACUGAGGAGAGCGCAAGGCGAUCUGAUAUGUUCCAGCUCAUGAACGCUGUCGCUGAUGUCACCAGAGAGAUGCAAAGGAGGAAGGAAGACGUCGACGAUCUAGUUCAUACAGAGAGCGAGGAGACUCUGAACCGUAUGAGGCAAGUGUUCCGUCAGAUCAAGGCAUCCUACCACAAGGCCAGACAGCGAGACCUGCUACCGCACGAGGCGCCUCCUCGCCGCCUCCGACACGAAGAGUUCGCGUCUUCCCUUCCUCCAGAUCGCCCAGGAGGCAGAAGACGAGACCGACGGCUUGUGGGGGAGGAGGCCGGCAAGUUCAAGUCAGACGGCAGGCAGGAGGAGGCGGCUGGAGGUGCUCGUGCAUCGCAGCCUCAUCAAGAGCAGGAGAAGGACUCGACAUGUCCAUCAAGAUCGAGAGUCAACGGCGAGCAGGGAGCGGGAGCUUCUGCUCGGUUGGCAGCGUCACAUGAAGAGCAUGCUGGACGCCUCCUGGGCAAGAAUCCUCCCGCUAGAAGGCCAGAUAGCGUCAUGGAGGAAGAGGAUGUGUACCACUCGCACCAGACUAGACGGCACUCGCAUCGAGCAGGAGCAGGAGCAGGAGGAGGGGCGAAGCAACAAUCAGGACAGCAAGGGUAUUGGCAGAUGCGCGCAGCUCUGGCAGGAGUCAACCUGAAGCUCGACUUCCCCGCGCGCGACAUGGUCGACAGGUCAUGUGAGUCCUCAGGCGAGAAGUUGCUAGAGGACUGGACGAUGUCAUCCAGCAAGACGCUGCUGACAAGUGGAGAUCUGCUGGAGGGCAGCUCGUUUGUUUCCUCCUCCAUCGGGCCCGUGGACUCUGAGGGAAUGCGCUGCCGCGACGAGCAGCAGGACUGCGGCAUCGACGUGGUCAAGUUCGAGGACAGUCAGAGGAGCUUCUUGUAG